UUGCACAGCACCAACAGUCUAAACAGCGCCCCCUGACGUCCGAGCAGUGACUAACAGCGAUGCCACGCGUUGUAACAUCUGUCCCGCCCGGAAUUGAAACUUUGGCGCUGACGCCGUUAAGGCGCUCGUUGUUAUUGCACAAUCACUACCGAGCGGGCGGGACCUGCGUUUUCAAACCACAGCUCCCUCCUAGUUUCCGCCCCGUUGAAAGGCGGGUGGACAAUCAUUGACAAAACAAACGCACAAUUGUGACGACAAAGAUUUUUCUUUAAAAACAAUCGAGCACAAGGAAGUAAGAUCUUGUCAGAGCAGCUUAGAGAAACAGGUGAAGGCAUGGACUAAUAUUAAACAUUAUUUGUGAGUAAAUGACACAUUAGUAAUGGACCAUGAAUGUUUUUAUACAGAUGUUGUACCUUUACUGUGGCUAAGUAAAGCUAACAUCAUUAGCUAGCUCUUAGCUGACAAUAACUUAAUUCAGCAAACAUGUCUUCAUUCCUAGUUACUUUUCUUGGCAAUCAUUUAACGCUGUCUAUGUGUGGUGACCACGGUCGCAUCGCACCCAACCAUAACGUUACGAACACAUCAUGCCGACGUUAGGCGUCCGGACAGUAAGUUGCUGUACGAGCUGUCAGGCACUCUGAGCUAUUGCUAUGAACGGUGAAACCAAUCGGAUACAGGUCCCGACGAAGAGGAGGCAGUCGAUUGGGGAAUGAAGAUACAGAGAUGGAGUAAACAAGGACAACAUCCUCAGGUGGAGUAGCAUACCUUUCUUUGGCUGUGACUCCGGAUUCCUCUGAUUCAUCAGGUUAAGGAGACGUCACAUAGGAUGAGUGGACCAACGAUGCCAACCGAUGUGAUGUCUGAAGGUCAUGCAGAUGUACUGGAGCCUGAGAAGGAAGCACCAUCGGUGUCUCCAACAAGGCUCAUAGACAGUUGUAGUCCUUCCCUGUCAAGCCUCUCCCUAUCCACCCCAUUCCUCUCUAAUGACCACCAUGACAUUUUUUCAUCAUCGUCAUCAUCUUCCUUGUCAUCAGCGGUGUGUUUGACUCCACCCUUGCCUCCAUCUGUGGAGCUCUCGUCUGUGAUGACUGAUACAAAGCUCACUCUGGAUGUUUACCGUGGAGGAGCGGCUGCACUGCCAUUAUUAUGGGGGUCUAUCCCAGACCAGCUAAGGGGCCUUCAGUAUCUAAGACUGGGCUCUGAAGAUAAACCAGGUCUGGACGAUGCCCUGGAUGUCCUACCCAACUUGACCAAGCUGCGCUCUCUGGCUAUUCGGGGACACUGUUUUUAUGAUUCACAAGGUGACCCCCUACCUGGCCUCCUCACCACCUUGCCUGCAUCUGUUUCCUCCCUUACCCACUUGGUGUACAUGGAUCUUUCCUUCAACCAGCUCUCCAGUCUGCCACCCUGCCUGCUUAGCCUACCUGUGCUGUCCUCUUUGCUCCUCUGUCACAACUGCCUCUCAGAUUUGCCUCCUCAUAUAGGCCAGCUGUCUUCCCUCACCUACCUGUCCUUGCUGGGUAAUGAGCUGGUCUCCCUUCCACCCAGUGUGGGCCAGUUAAAAGCACUACAGACCCUGGAUGUUUCAUACAACCUCCUACAGCAUGUUCCUGAUGAAAUUGCUUCUCUGGAGAGGCUUGUUAAGUUGGAAUUGUCUAACAACAAGCUGAAGAAUCUGCCAGAUAGCAUGGGAUCUCUCUUCUCGCUCAGAGAGCUUGUCAUCUACAGCAAUGACCUGCGCUCAGUCCCCCAUUGCCUGAACCAACUGCCCCUGCUGAAAAUCGAUUGUCGUGACAAUCCUUUGGGACGACCUCCAACCCCUCCUCCACUCCCUCCUACACCUGAUCCAGCUGAAGCUAAAGUUCCAGAGUUACACCUUGGGUUUAAUCAGCACAGUUUUAGCGUUUCGUCUGCUGGGUGUCAUGUGUUUCUCCCAGGGGGGGCUGAGUUGCUGUUCCCCCCGGGAUGCCUGUUGACUACAAGAAGACUGGAGUGGGGUGAGAAAAGGCCAGAAAGAAAGUGGGUGUGGUUGGAGGAGCAUGACAUCCUCCUGAGUCGUCCUCUGGAACUUCGCCCCCAUGGAAUUACAUUUCUAAAGCCUGUGGAGGUUUGUGUACCAUAUCAUCGGACAAAAAAAAGGGAGGUGAUUGUGCGUCGAUUUGACGGACAGUCAUGGAGCAGUUUACCCACUGAUCUAAGGAGAGGAAGUGAGAGCCAUAGCAGUCAUCCUGGGGGACGUCCUGCCCGGCUGGCGUGCUGCUCAGUGAGCCAGUUUUCCUGGUUCAUGGCGGUGUCCCGACCAGUGAAGGACAUGUGCUCUGUUACAUCAGCUGGAGCUCUGCUAGUGUCCAGCUCUGACCCUGGAAUUAAGCUCCACUUCCCUCCAGAUGCAACCAUGCAAGUCCGCACCAUUUCUUUACAGGUGUUGCAGGUGUCUUUGUCAGAGGUGCAGGCUCUGUGUGGUGAUGCUCAGGCCAGAGUGAGCCCUCUUCUCUGCCUCUCCCAGACUCCCAACAUCAAUUUUUUGCAGCCUGUCAAAGUUCAGAUUCCUCUACCAGCUGGAGUCACAGGCAAUACAGUUGAUAUGUCCUGUUUGCAUCUGCUACAUGGAGACCCCACCGCCCAAAGCUGGACUGACAUCACAUCACAAGUGUCUCUUUACGUCACCCAUUUGUAUGCCGUUUUCUACAUAUCCCAUUUUUCUUGGUACUGGCUGUGGUACACGACUCAGCGCUGUGUUAGUGGAGCUGUCAGGAAGGUCUAUCAAAGGCUAAAACAGUUUAAAGUGCAGUUUCUCGUCCUCCAGAGAAAGACCGAUCCUUCACAGGUUCUGCUACAGUGUUUGCCUGCUAACAAGGUGGAAGGCAGAGUGCAGUCUUUGUUAGGACAGUAUGAUGGACCUCAGCCUUCAGAUCUGUGUGACCUGCUGGAAGGAGAACAGUUCUUUGCUGGCUUUGAAAGAGGCUUAGAUAUCAGCACAGACAGACCUGACUGUGUCGGGGGAAGACUCUGUUUUGUGUUUUACUCCAGUCUGAAGAAUCUGAAGGAAGUGUACAUCUGUCCAGCUCAGGGUGAGAAGGGGCCAGUGAGAGGACAAGUGUCUUUUUAUAGAGGAGAGGUUCCCAGCAGUCUGCCAGAGGAAGUGGCCAGAAAGAGGAAAGGACAUGAUUGCCAGUGGCUCACAACUUUACCACUAAGACUUCCUGCUCUAAACUCAGACAACACUUAUAUCAUGGAUGAGGUCCAGUAUCCUCCUCUGAACCUGGGUGACCCUGAGAGCGGCUAUCUGACAGAAGCCAACCUGCUGUCCAUCUCUCUUCAGAUAGGACAGGACUGGCGUGCUAUUGGCAUCAAUCUAGGCCUGAGCUACCAGGAACUGGACCGCAUCCAGUAUAAGAAUAGGGACAACCUGGGAGCAUUGGUCCUAGACAUGCUCUUCCUCUGGGCCAGGGGACAGAGCAACGAAGGACCAGGGGCAGUGUCAAGGCUGGUGGACGCUAUGAUGGAGAGCAGCAGGAGAGACCUGGCAGAAGAAAUCCAGGACAUUGUCAGCCUAGGAAGAAGGAAAUAUUCAGAGUCACUGAGGAGAGUGGGUCUAGAAGCAGAGAGCUCCACUGCGGGUGAACACAGCACUACAUGAGCCCACGCUGGGUGCAGAUGGCUGCCUCACACUUGAAUAACUUGUCUGUUCACAGAGGGUCUCCAUCACCUCGUCUUUCUAUAGAAGAGACGAGGUGAUGGAGACGAUAUAAAUACAACAUAGAAGCUGGUUGAUAACGGGUGAAAUGUGUGUAGGUGCUGAAAAUGUUUGUUUUUCCAUAUCCAACUACGAGCUGUCAAUAUUUAAAACAAUGCAUUGAUGAUCAAUUUCUGUCAUUUGACUUUAAACUUCAGAAUCUUCGAUCAUUUGUGAUUACUUUCAUCAUAAUGUUGAAGUACUGUAUCAUCAAUUUCACAGAUACUAACGUAUCUUUAAACUAAAGUUUCAUGGGUUGGCUUCAGUAAUUUAUUAACCUAGAUUAAUCAAAGUGGAAUAAUAAUUUCACCAUUUCUGUCUUUGGUUUUCCUUUUCUUCUGUUGAUUUAUUACCAUGUCAGGGCACCUUUUAACAGGCUGAGUAAACAGUGACAGCUGUGUUUCUGUGCACUGAAAACGCAGGAAGAAGCCAGUUUUAUGGCUUGUUGAAUUUCUUCCAUGUGUGCCUUUACUGCUGCAGCAAAGUGCAUAUCUGGAUUUAAAACUUUUGUAAUGUAUGAAUUCCCGUGGCUUUAAAUAGUGGAAUAAGUUAAAUUGUAAAAUAGAAACUCUCCUUGUG